UCGCUCUCCACCAUUUCAAUUGAAAGGAAAGUGAAAGAGCAUGGGAAGAGCUCCUUGUUGCGACAAAGAUAAUGUUAAGAAGGGGCCUUGGUCGCCUGAGGAGGAUGCCGAGCUGAAAGCCUACAUCGAACAACAUGGAACUGGUGGAAAUUGGAUUGCACUUCCUCAUAAGAUCGGGUUAAAGAGGUGUGGGAAAAGUUGCAGGCUUAGAUGGCUAAAUUAUUUAAGACCAAACAUCAAACAUGGUGGCUUUACAGAAGAAGAAGAUCAAAUCAUUUGUAGCCUUUACAUAAGUAUAGGAAGCAGGUGGUCAAUAAUGGCAGCGCAGCUGCCCGGCCGAACGGACAACGACAUCAAGAACUACUGGAACACGAGGCUCAAGAAGAGGCUACUUGGCAAGGGAACUCUUCGUCGCAGCGAUCGAGAGCCUAGUGAAAGCCUUAGUGUGUCGGCCAUCGAGAGGAUGCAGCUCUUGCAGCUCCAAGGCUCACAGAGCAGCCAUUUGACCUUCUACAACAACCCUGUGCUGUGGCCCAAACACCAUGUUCCAGUAAGCCAUGCGGCUGCCACAACUCUAGAUGUACUUUCAGGGGUUCAGUCACCGGCGUUAGAUUUUCAUUCGCCUUCCGGUGCGAGCUCAGGCGAGCUGCAGGACUUGGUUGGGUGUCAGCUCCCUGACUUGAGCUGCUACAGCGAUAUUUAUAGCUUUCAGGAAGCAAACAAUUUAACUACAGAAAAUCACUCCAUGAUAAUUCAAGAAUAUGAAAUAGGGUUAAUUUGAUUAAUUUUUUUUAUAUGUUGUUGGUGAUUGAAGUAUUGUACUCUAAUUAAACUAAGAACAAUGCGUGUAAAUUUGUAAUCAAUAAU